UCCUUCAGUCUUGUAAGAUUUGGUGAAAUGGCAGCUGGUCUCUGGGGAACAAACAGGCUUUCCUCCUCAAGGCUUAAAGACCUCAAAUCCAGCUUACUGCUGCCAGGUCAGAUUUUGAGUGAAGAGGGGGGGAAACAUGCACACAUACAUUCAAUAUUCUUGGGAGAACUCCAGGAUGCCACAGCAAAGCCUCAAGAUAUGAAGAGGCAACCAUCCCAGGAACACGCAGCCCUCUGCCUACUAGCCUGGAGUUGCCUAGAGUUUACCUUGAGUGAAGCUCUGGAAUCCUUGACCAUCAUCCCUGGAGAGGAAGCUGGUGUAAAGAAAUUUCUUAGAGAUGCUGGAAAUGGGACCAUUGUACAAGGCAACCUUUCAGCUCAGUGCACAGCUCUCCUCCCUCCAAGCUAUGGGUUUUAUUAUACCGAAGAGGGCUCUGGCAGCUCCCUGGGUUCAGUGGUCACAUACUGGUGCAAAGAAGGCUAUCAGCUUGUGGGCAAACGAAAGCUGACCUGUUUGCUAGAAGGAAGCAUCUUUUACUGGAGUCACCCCCCACCUCACUGUGAAGUGAUCCCAAAGCCCCUGGACAAAGGUUUCCGGGUGGCAGUAAUCGCCUCUCUCAUCAGCGGAGUGAUCAUUGUUACCAUGUCAAUCUCCUUCGCUGUUUGUUGCCUGCAAGACAGGAUGCUGAGGGCAAAUGCACAAAGCAGUGACACCAGAGGAGGGCAACGACCAAGAAGGAAAUUCAAAGUUGGGAGAGGAAACUCAGCUAAACAGGAGAUGGGGAAGAGCAGGACUCGCUUUGGGAAAAUGAAGCACAAUCGCAGGCUUCAAUAUCGCACCUCUGCCCUCUACAGUUGUGCAUACCCUGGGGCUCUGGCAGGAUGCAGUAACCAGGGAUUCCAAAGGAGCCAGGAGAAUCUGCAGAAAUGGGCACCGCAAAGCUUAUGCUCUGAAAUCCACAUCUUCCCGCAGGUUGUUCUUAAACCAGGAACUGCCCCAUCUGCCUCCAUGUUUGUUCAUUUGCUUCAGAAACCAGAUGCCCCCUUGAACGUGAAACCUUGCCAUCGCAAUCUCCCCCAAGCCUUGCCUUCCGUUUAUUAUAGAAGAUCUGAAGGACUGAACCCUUUGAAUAAGACAGGACUUUGGAAUCCGAGAUAAAUCGCUUUGUAAUGAACCAACAGCAAUGCACUCAUGGAAGUUUGUGGGAAUGGACUUCUUGCUCUUUUAUGGCAUACAUAGCCCAUUUAUGAAACCUGUCAUUAUAGGUCAGUUUAUGUAAAAUACAAUAGAGAAAACAUGUAUAAUCUGAAGCAUGCAUCCCUAUGAUAUAGGCUGCUUGUUCAAAACUGAAACAUACUACUGAAAAUGUACCAUCUACUUGUGUAACAGUGGGAGCUCCAAAAAGGAAAAGUGAGUUUUAACAUUUGUUUUAUUUCAAGGCAUAGGUUCAUAGCCCUAUUAUUUAGUAAAGUGUUUCUUCUGUAGCCAGGUAGACAACUUGACAGAAUAAAGCCACAACCUUUUAUGUCA